AUAGAAUUUUCUGUGGAUUCAGGGAGCGGCGGGAGGAGAAUCACUUUGAACAGCACAAACACAGAGGGUCUAUGAGAUGAAACACGGCACAUAAGACGCAUUUAAGUUUGUGGAUCUACUUUGUCUUUUCAAAAUACCGAGAAAUGUAUUAACGACUGGACAUUUCUGGACACCAUUUAGUCGCGGGAUUGGACACUACAUUUGGUGAAACUUGUGACAAGAAACAUUUUAUCUUCAUAAGAGGACUUGAUAUAGAACAGAAGUGACGAUAAAGAGAAGCUGAUUUGACGCGCAUGAAUAAGACACUUAUUUUAUUCAUGGCUGUUUAGUUUUCGAUUGUAACGGAGGAGUUAAAGGUCCACGGAUAUUUCCCGGUAAGAAAUGAAAGAUCAAAGACAAAGAAAGAUGUAAGACUUCGUGUGAAAGAGUCGUCUGACGAGCACAAACGUUUCUUUAAUCGUUGUGGACGAUAAAUACUUUCCCGCCGUUUGCUCCAACAACGCGCGAAAAUGUGCGAGGUCGAAUUAUCGCUUUUGCCUAAACUUGAGAGAAAACAGCUGAAUAUGUGUAACUUGACACUCUGUAUUUUACUCCUCCUGACAUGUUCUUGCCCAACUUCAUCUUCUUGUCCUGUACAAUGCUUGUGCGAAGUCACAACAGUUAACUGUGUUAACCAAGAUUUGAGAUUCAUCCCACAAAACCUUCCAGAAAACAUCACCACACUUAACAUAAGUGGUAACAAUAUAAGGAAUCUUAACAACACAUCUUUCCCCAGGCCACUGGAACAUUUAACAAACCUUUAUGUGUCUGGAAGUCAAGUGGAGCAAUUAGACUCUGUGGUGUUUGACAACUUGCCAAGUCUUCGUUUACUUGACCUCAGCAACAAUAGGAUCAUGCAUUUUAACAUUGAGGCUUUCCCUCAAGACAACAAGGUUGAGGUUCUGAACCUCAGUAGAUCCUUAUACAAUCACUCAUAUGUAAGUAUUUUUGCAAAUCUUUUCAAACACAGCUUACCUAAGGUCUCCCAUCUCGAUUUGUCCAACAAUGACCUGGUCCUCCUUCCAGAGGGCAUGUUUACAGGUUUGUUGGACCUCAUCAUUUUGGAUUUGAGGAACAACUCCCUUGUUGAAAUUAGCAGUGGCACUUUUCAGAACCGGGCACUGAAAGAGUUGGACUUACGGGACAAUGCAUUCAAAGUGCUGCCAAACUCGACUCUGGCAGAGCUCAGUUCCAUCCCUGACUUGCAAGUCAGUAUCGCAGGAAACCCCUGGCGCUGCGAUUGCAAUAUUGAAGACAUGUUGAUCUGGUUGAAGAGACAUGACAUUGUGGUAGACAUGGUAAACAUGACCUGUUCUGACCCAAUAGGGCUGAGAAAUAGCCCGCUCCUACACCUGGAGCAAUCACAGCUUCCAUGCACCUACACUGGCGAUCUGAAGGGUGUCCUGGAGACCUCCUACGUGUUCCUGGGGAUGGUGCUUGCCCUCAUCGGGGUCAUCUUCCUGCUUGUUAUUUACCUCAACAGGAAAGGGAUCAAGAAGUGGAUGUACAAUAUCCGUGAUGCUUGCAGAGACCAUAUGGAGGGGUACCAUUACAGAUAUGAGAUCAACUCUGAACCACGGCUUGCCAACCUCAGUCUGAACUCAGAUGUCUGAGGAGACAUGGAUUGUUUGCACAACUGGCACACAAUGACUUCACUUUUGCUUUGCAUGAGUAUAUACAUAUAUACUAUAUAUAUAUAUAUAUAUAUAUAUAUAUAUAUAUAUAUAUAUAUAUAUAUAUAUGUAUACAUAUAUAUGUAGAGUUUGCUGUGACAUGCCUUCUUUCUCAUCAUACAGGACAUUAACUGGAUUCUGCAGGUGUCAACCCUGUUUUGCUCGCUGCAGAUUUCAUAUGUGCUGAUGUCUUGCUAUAAUGUUGUCCGGUGAUGCACGAAUCAAGAACAUACGUAAAGAAGUUAGAAUUAUUUUCCCCUUUUUUGAUGGGAUCUCUUGUAUUCGUAUGAAAUGCCAGAGUAACACAUUAAAUCCAUUUGCAAAAUGUCUGAACAAACUAUAAUAUGCAUUUAAUGUUUUAUUUUUUUAUUUUUAGUUAUAGCUUAAUUUGUUUCUUCUGCAAAAAAAUAUUGAAAUUGCCACGCAUGUAUUUAUGUAUUUUUUCACUGAUGUAAAACUAUGGUAAUAUCCACUUUUUUAUGAUUUGUUAUUGGCUUUUAUAUUUACAUUGGCUGGAUAUAGAUCAACGUUAACACUAUGCAGUAAUGUUCCCUUUGUUAAGGGUUUAUAAAUGGGUUCAUUAAUGACUAAUAAGUAAUUUACAAAUGCAAUUAUACACAUGAAUAAGUUAAAACAACAUGAAUAAAAAGAUAGACUUUAAUUAAAUACUUGCCAAAUAGUGAGCCAUUUUACCCUACGUGUUAUAAAUGCUUAAUAACACGUAUUCAACAUUAGUAACCUGUGAAAAUGUACCUCAAUGUAAAGUGGAUACAUAUGAACAAUGUAUUAAGGAGUUUCCAACAUUAGAAACAUUUGUACAUAAAGUUCAGUCAUGGUUUAAUGGUCAUCAGGCUUUAUUAUAUGAUAUAUGCUGUUAAUAAGCAUGAAGAGAUGAAAAUAUUUUUGCAGAGGGCUUUAGGUAACAAGUUAAGUUGGGACAGCACUCGGGAGUAGCAACAUUCUUUUCACAUGAAAAGUGACAACACAAGUGAGUCAAGACAUUACAGUAAUCAAUAUAAACACAAAAUGACAUAAUCCUUCCUUUCUCAAUAUCUGAUCUCAAUAUAAUCUAUUCUUGCUGCAUUGUGACAUAAAACAUGAAUUAAGGUAUUUUAAGUUUUUGAUUUAAAAAAGUUUUAAUAAGUGUAUUUAUUAAGCAUAUAUAACGUAAGUUAAAAUGCUCACCAUUUGGCAAGUAUUGCACGAAAGUAGCCCCUUUUUAUUCAUGUUAUAACUGCUUAUCAGUGAUUUAAGAUGCAUUUGUAAACGGCUUAUUAGUUGUUAAUGAACCCCUUUAUAAACUCAACAAAGGGAAUGAAAAGUGUUACGAGAUCAACUCUUCUCUUUGGGAUGCCUCAUUGAAUAAAAGAUCUUGCACUGAUCCUUUCUCUACAGUGAUUUCAGAUCCAGAGAAGUGUUUGAAGCUGGGAAGAGGGAUAUCGGAUGGCAAACUGGAUUACCUACACAGAUACCUUUAGGUGCAGUCACAUUAGGCUUUGUGCUCCAUUUCCAUUUAUAUAUAUGUGAGUGCAUAGACAUGCAAAGAAGUUUUGUUUAAAGGAUCUAAACGUAACAGAUUGAUGUCUUGGCUUAAUACAAAAACAUGGGUUUCACAGUGUAACGUCAUUGUAAUGCUGAAUAUAAGUUGACACAGAUAAGAUAAGUAAGAAAUUAUCACAAUAAAAGUAGUGUGUAUUUUUAUGUUUAUGGACUGAUCCCAUUCACUUCCAUUGUAAACUCUUUCUGGAACAGAAUUUCUUUUUUUCUUUUUUUUAACAAACAAGGGACGAGUUUAAAUAGGUUUUUUUUUUUUUUUUUGGGUAAUCGGCAUUAUGCCACAAAUGCUGUUGACUAAGCUUAACUUGUAUUGAACCUGGAACAUUCCUUUAAAUGCAAUAUCACACUCUAGAAGUCUGUAUGCAUUUAUUUUUUAAACGUUUUAUUUUUGUUUUUUUUUUCAUGUAGAAGUUCUAAACAGGACCUUUCACCUACUCAAGGUGCUGUUAUUUGCAUAACAUUCAUAUACAUCUGCCCAUGAAAGCCCUGUGCUUCCCUGAAUAAUAGAGAUGAUGGAUAUUUCCAGCCGAGACAUUCAUGCAACAGUAGACAUG